GGCUGCUCUGAAGCUGCGGAUGGGAAGUGUGUGGACGCAAAAGAUUUCUUGGGGCGUGCGCAGUGCCCACGUCUGAAUGAAGAAGCGCAUUUCGUGAAUGGAUACAUUUGAUCGCAGGAAUGGAUUGCUCCCGCAUGCUCUGCCAGGUCCUGUGCGCUUUUCUUUUGACAUUUGCUGGCUGCGGCCUGUGUUCUAGUGACGAGACGCGUCUGGUGAAGGAGAUAUUCACCAGCUACAACAAGGUGGUUCGGCCGGUCAGCCAUUUCAAAGACCCUGUGGUGGUUACUGUGGGGCUGCAGCUCAUUCAGCUCAUCAGUGUGGAUGAAGUGAAUCAGAUUGUCACUAGUAAUGUGCGGCUGAAGCAGCGCUGGAAGGAUGUCAAUCUACAGUGGAACCCUGAUGACUAUGGCGGCAUUAAGAAAAUACGCAUUCCCUCCACUGACAUCUGGAAACCAGACCUGGUACUCUACAACAAUGCAGACGGUGACUUCGCCAUCGUUCACGAGACUAAGGUUCUGUUGGAACACACGGGCAUGGUGACGUGGAACCCGCCAGCUAUCUUUAAGAGCUACUGUGAGAUCAUCGUCCUCUACUUCCCCUUUGACCUGCAGAACUGCAGCAUGAAGCUCGGCACCUGGACCUACGAUGGCAACCUGGUGGUCAUCAACCCGGAUAGUGACCGUCCUGACCUGAGCAACUUCAUGGAGAGUGGGGAGUGGGUGAUGAAGGACUACUGCAGCUGGAAGCACUGGGUCUACUACGCCUGUUGCCCGGAUACGCCGUACCUGGACAUCACCUACCACUUCCUGAUGCUGAGACUUCCCCUCUACUUCAUCGUCAAUGUCAUCAUCCCGUGCAUGCUGUUCAGCUUCCUCACAGGGCUGGUGUUCUACCUGCCAACAGACUCAGGUGAGAAGAUGACCCUGAGCAUCUCUGUCCUGCUGUCCCUCACCGUGUUCCUGCUGGUCAUCGUGGAGCUCAUCCCAUCCACCUCCAGCGCGGUGCCCCUCAUCGGGAAGUACAUGCUCUUCACCAUGGUCUUCGUCAUCGCCUCCAUCAUCAUCACCGUCGUCGUCAUCAACACACACCACCGAUCUCCCAGCACACACACCAUGCCCCAGUGGGUCCGCACGAUCUUCAUUGACACGAUUCCCAACCUGAUGUACUUCUCCACCAUGAAGCGUCCGUCUGAGGAACGCCGGGAGAAGCAGAUCUUCCAGAAUGACAUGGACAUCUCGGAAAUCUCCGGAAAGCCAGGGCCUGCUUUUGUCACCUUCCAAUCGCCCGUCAUCAAGAAUCCGGAUGUCCGGAGCGCCAUCGACGGCGUCAAGUACAUCGCUGAGACUAUGAGGAGUGACGAGGAGUCCAACAACGCUUCGGAGGAGUGGAAGUUUGUUGCCAUGGUGAUGGAUCACAUUCUGCUGUGUGUGUUCAUGGCUGUGUGUAUUAUCGGGACGAUUGGAGUUUUUGCUGGACGUCUGAUUGAGCUGCACAUGCAGGGUUGAAAGCUCUGGAGGCCUGAGCACAAGCCUGGGACUGAGUUACAUGUCUCACCCCCGUAUGCUCACUUAUCCUGGGACACUUGAGUGCUACAUGUAUGUGUUCUCCCCAUUCACGUGGAUGUUUGGAUUCAUAGAUGUUCUGUAUGUUGAGUACAGUGAAACACACACAAGCACAACAGAACACAACACACACACACACACACACACAGAUACAUUAUAGAGUUGAAAUCACUUACUUGAAGUCAUAAAUGCUGAAGCCACCUCCUCCACACACACCCAUACACCCUCACACCUUCACAUCCAUUCUCAGAUGCAUGAAGGUGGCUUUGCUGCAUCCUCUGAAAAGUUCCAUGGAAGCUUGGAAUUUUUACCACAGACCGCAGUCUGCUGUAGCAUCUCAAGCAUGAAUCAUCCCUGUGUCAUGACCCUGAUGGCCUGCUGUUGACCUCUGACCUCUCUCUCUAGCUCUACUGAGAUAAGGGCCCCUGAUGUUGUUUCAUGAGACUGUUUGAACUACUGUAAAGCUGUAAAGUGUUAAACACUAUUCACCUGCAUGUUUAGAAAGCAGAUUGGAGUGCUUCUGGUAGAAUCAACUUAAGAGCAUGUAAAGGCUGCAUUAUAGAGGAAAGAGAAAUGAAUGGUGGUCAGAAGUCCCCAUGUGAAUUUAAAUGGAUUUGUCCCCAAUAAAGACCAUGCAGAAAGCUGCAGCCAUCAUACUUAAAAAAAAAAAAAAAACCUCUGUGCUUUC